AUGGCAACAAAUAUUAUGACCGCUUGCGUCCCUGUAAAGUCCAGGUUUUCCCAAAGUUCCGCAGGCGGUAGCAUGUUAAAUACCGAUCCCUCGCUCUGCACUCUCGAUAAUACCCUCGGGGCAUUUGAAGUCGCAGUAACUGUCGCUUCCUUGCUUUUUGGAGGUUCUACGUUUACAGGAUUUGGAAACAUGAGCUCCUCUUCUGCGCUUAAAAAAAUAAGUCCUUAUACAUGGACUACAGUCAGUAAUGGGAACUAUCUCCUGACCUGCCCUUUAGGCCCGAUAUCAGUUGCCGAGUUUAUCGUCAACAUGUAUGCUAUUGAUGGAGCACGGAGGAUUGCCAUAUACACAGACCAAGUUAAAAUCAAGCCGUAUCUCUUAGCAUACAAUUCCCUGGGAGCCGUCGAGGAUCGCCUCCUUGCUGGAACAAUGAUGCUCUUACUGUUGGAGAGCCGAACGAGAUUCAAAAAAAUGAAUACUAUGAUUACCCGCUUGGUCGAUGAUGUACUGUGUAAACACAGGGAUCUUUACAAGGCACGCGACGUAGUAUCCUCAUGUCUGACUAUGCCUGACGUCUUGAUAAUGCAGCAUGGUAGCCCUUCUCACAAUUAUCACGCUGGCCAUCUGAGACGAAACCAUGAUCGACCAUCCGUUCUACCUCACCGCUUCCAAUUAUAUAUGAUCACUAACUCAAGCAUGUUUACUCCAGUGUACGGCGCCUGGCUCUUCGGAAUGCUCAACGCUCGCAACGGCAUCCGAAACGGGACGCCGAAUAAUGGAUACUCCUCUAACGAGAUCUCAUUCUCCUUAGCUCGAAGUGCACAUACAGCUGCGGCGCCAAUUCAAAGUUUAUCUACGCAUUCUGUGGACGCCAAGCCGAGUCAUAUUAUGGUCAGCGUGUCUAGGGAGACUGAUGGUGAUACUGAGCGAUCACUGGGUAAAGAACAUGAGUAUCAGGCCAUGCAAGGUGAAGACGCAGCGACGAAUUUCCUUAUUCGUCUCACGGGAAUCAACGAUUCUCGUACCUGUAUUUCCUUCCUAUUCGUGUAA